AUGUCUGAGAGGAGGUGUUCUCAGGAGGACGACUGCUCCUCUCUACUGUCCCGGCUGGGCUCGGACUCUCCUCGUCCUCGGAUGAAGUAUGGAGGGAUGUUCUGCAGCGUCGAAGGAGCUUUCGAGAACAAAACGUUGAACUUCGAGUCGUUCAGUCCGCAGACACAGCGACGCCAGGCUGCUCGAACCCGAAGUGACAGCCAUGAUGGAAGAGACGCUGCGAGAGGAGGAGGACAAACGGUGGUGUAUCCCUCUGGACAUGCGCGGGACAACUACGGCAAGAGACAGCCCGAUAACCUGAUCGAUGAAAGCUUAUCCGAUCACCGAUCGAUCAGGAUGUCGUUCCCGACCAAGAAGAGCAGCGCGAGGCCCGCGGGCGACCGUCUGAUCAUCAAAGGAGGAAAGAUUGUCAAUGACGACCAGUCGUUCUACGCUGACGUUUAUGUCGAGGACGGGACCAUCAAACAGAUCGGUGAGAAUCUGGUCGUCCCGUCUGGCGUGAAGACGGUGGACGCGUAUGGUCAGCUGGUGAUCCCCGGAGGGAUCGAUGCCAACACCAACCUGCAUGCACCGCAGAAAGGGCUGAACCCGAUCGAUGACUUCUACCAGGGGACCAGAGCUGCUGUGUUCGGAGGGACCACCAUGAUCAUCGAUCAUGUGCUGGUGGAGCCGGGGACUAGUUUACUGUCAGCGUUUGAUCAGUGGAGGGAGACUGCAGAGCAGAGGGCGUGCUGCGACUUCUCUCUACACCUGGACAUCACUCGAUGGCACGAUGGACUGUACGAGGAGCUGGAGACGCUCAUCAAAGAUAAAGGUGUGAACUCCUUCCUGUUCUUCAUGGCCUACAAAGACAAAUACCAGAGCACCGACUCUCAGCUCUACGAGGCAUUCGGGGUUCUCCGGGAUCUUGGAGCCAUCGCACAAGUCCAUGCAGAGAAUGGAGACAUCAUUGAUGAGGAACAGAAGAAGCUUCUCUGUCUCGGCAUCACCGGACCUGAAGGGCAUGUUUUAUCUCACCCUGAGGAGGUGGAGACAGAGGCGGUGUACCGGGCUGUCACCAUCGCCAAACAGGCAAACUGUCCGCUGUAUGUUACCAAGGUGAUGAGCAAAUCUGCUGCUGAUGUCAUUGCCAAAGCCAGAAAGAAAGGUAUGGUGGUUUAUGGGGAGCCAAUCACAGCCAGCCUGGCCACUGACGGCUCUCACUAUUGGUCCAAAGACUGGGCCACAGCUGCCGCCUUCGUCAUGAGCCCGCCUCUCAACCCUGACCCUUCAACUCCGCAGUACCUGACCUCCCUGUUAGCGUGUGGCGAUCUGCAGGUAACUUCCAGCGCUCAAGCCAGCUUCUCCACAGCUCAGAAAGCCGUCGGUAAAGACGACUUCACUCUGAUCCCAGAGGGAACCAAUGGGAUCGAAGAGAGGAUGUCGGUGGUGUGGGACAGAGCUGUGUCUACGGGGAAAAUGGACGAGAAUGACUUUGUCGCUGUAACGAGCACCAACGCCGCUAAACUCUUCAACAUUUACCCGCGCAAAGGACGGAUCGCUGUCGGAUCAGAUGCCGAUAUUGUCAUCUGGAACCCAAAAGAGACGCGAACUGUUUCUGCGAAGACUCACAACCUGAUGGCGGAGAUGAACAUAUUCGAGGGUUUGGAGUUUCGGGGCGUCGCGUCGGUGGUGAUCAGUGGUGGUCGAGUUGUUGUGGAAGACGGAAAACUGAAUGUGACUGAAGGUUCAGGACGCUUUGUCCCCCGGAAGGCUUUCCCCGACGUGGUCUACAAGAGGAUCAGAGCCCGUAGCAAGAUGGCUGAGGCUUGCGGCGUCCCCCGUGGAAACUACGAUGGUCCAGUCCAUGAUGUCAUCAGCAUGACUAAAUCGGUCCCACCCACUCCAACCAACAGGGGGCCCCCCUGUCCGAAAACCCAGACCGGCUCUCGAAACCUCCACCAAUCAGGAUUCACCCUGGCAGGUGCUCAGGUUGAUGACCACAUACCUCGCCGCUCCACUCAGAGGAUUGUGGCGCCACCUGGUGGACGGUCCAACAUUACAUCCUUAUCUUAAAACAGGAAGAAUCAAACUGUCAAU